AUGUCCCAAGACGAAGCGGGAAUGAGUGAGGCAGCACGUAGAGCAGCAGCUAGAAAAGCCAAGAUCCUAGCUCGAGGAAAUGCUGGGUUGACAAAGUUGGCACAUACAGCUCGGGGGGAAGAAGCUGACAAGUUGUACGGAGAGCAGGGUUCUAAACCUAUCUCAAAGGAAGAACAACCUUCAAAAUCCAAGGAUGACCCAAUGAUAAAUACCACAACGACUAAUUCCUCAUUUCAACAAACACCUCCACCUUCAUCAUCCACAUCCCCUCCUACAAGACAACCAUCUUUAUCCUCUCCAUCUAACUCUCAACCUCCAUUCGGUCAAAAUUCGAAUGAAGAUCUUCAAACUCAAAUGAACGCUUUUUUAUCCAUGUUCGGUCCUCCCGGUUCCUCAAGUUCAUCUCAGUCAAAUGAAGAUAUGUCACAACUCUUCUCACAACUCUUUGGAGCUCAAUCUGGCGGUGUCGGUCUACUAGGAGAUUCAGAAAGGUCAGAUGCGGACUUUCCUCAGUUCCCACCGGGUGUAGGAGGGGAAGGAUUAGGAGGAUUUCCUUCUUUGGGAGGUAUGGAAGGACUCGGAGGAUUCCCAGGAAUGGAGAAUAUGGGAGACCUUGGAAAUGCUCUGGGAGCUCUUGGAGCAUUAAGUGGAAAUGGAGGUUUAGGAGGAAUGGGUAUGGUAUCAGUUGGGAAACCUUGGAUCGAAAAGGUUUUUCCGCUAGUUCAUGCUUUCACUAUGAUCAUCUUUCUCGUGUUCUGUGUGGGAUGGUGGGAACCUAAUGCCUGGCCUGGGAGGAAUCUACAAAUGAUCAGCUGGAGAGAUAGAUGGGGGAGUUUGGGAAACGAAACUGAUAAACAGCCGGUCUUCUGGGCAUUCGCGACGAUCGAACUUCUGCUCCAAACUACACGAUUCUUCAUACUGAAAUCCCCUCCGCCUCCUCAUGCACUCUUAGCUAAAUUCUUACCUCUUUUGCCUCCUCGCCUGGGACGACCACUACUUACCGGUUCGAGAUACCUUACUUUAAUUCUGCAAACGUACAAAGAUGCCUGUUUGUUGAUUUUUUGUUUGGGCAUCAUGAUUAUCAUCGCCGGGUAUAGAGGAUGA